AUGACGGUCAAAAAUUGGUUUUGGCUUCUUUCAUUCAUUUUGCUCCUCUGCAUCGUUUCUCCAAGUUAUAGCCGUGUUCAGAAAGCACCCCGGAGAAGGGGAGCUGCAGGAGGACUCAACAUUCUGAAACUCAUGACCUGCUGUGAUGAUCUUAAAGAGCUGAAGAUCCAGGUGGCCAACCUGACUAGCAUUCUGGCUGAGCUCAGUAGGAAACAGGAGACUGACUGGAUAAAUGUAGUCAUGCAAAUGAUGGAAGUGGAAAAUGGCUAUCGGCAGAUGGAAUCUCGCAUUACAGAAGCUGAAGGAAAAUACUCGGAAGUCAACAAUCGGAUAGACAUUAUUCAGCUUCAAGCAGCCCAAACAGUUACACAGACAUCAACAGAUGCCAUGUAUGACUGCACAUCACUCUACCAGAAGAAUUAUCGAAUAUCUGGAGUAUACAAGCUGCCUGCCGACGAAUUCCUAGGAACUCCAGAAUUUGAGGUAUACUGUGACAUGGAAACUGGAGGUGGCGGCUGGACUGUUAUACAACGUCGAAAAGUUGGACUAAGCUCUUUCCACCGUGACUGGAAACAGUACAAGCGAGGCUUUGGCAACAUCCGUGGGGACUUCUGGCUGGGCAAUGAUCACAUUUUUCGGUUAACUAGGCAGCCAAGCAUACUCAGAAUUGAUAUGGAGGACUGGGAAGGACAUACUUGUUAUGCAGAAUACGACUACUUUUCAAUAAGCGAUGAAUUGAACAGCUACAAAUUAAUAAUUGGAAAUUACAAUGGGACAGCCAAACGGGACUCACUCAGAUACCAUAACAAUACUGCCUUCAGUACAAAGGACAAAGACAAUGACAAGUGUGUGGACAACUGUGCAUAUUUCCGCAAAGGUGGUUACUGGUACAACUGCUGCACAGAUUCCAAUCUGAAUGGAGUUUACUAUCGUCAAGGACAGCACACUCAAAACUCUGAUGGCAUCACAUGGUACGGCUGGCGUGGUUCAAAUUACUCACUGAAACAAGUUGAAAUGAAGAUUCGCCCUCAAAGCUUCAAGCCCUGAGCACUAGACAAUU